AUGCGUGGUGGAGGCUACCGCGGCGGCCCUCGUGGUCGUGCGCCAUUUAUGCCAGGUCCAACAUUUCCAGUACGACCACCUCCUUUCGACGUUCACCUCGCCAACGACGUCUUCGUUCGUAUCAAUGAGAAUAACGACGCUCAACUCACUCAGAGAUUCGAGGAAUAUCGUGAGGUCGGAUCGUUCAAGAAGGAUACGGCUUUAACCGGGCACACUGUAGCUGAUGUUGUGAUUAUAAUGCAGACACUUCCUACAUUCGAAGCAGUAGCUGCAUUGGGAAACAAACUUGCAGAAGAGCUUCGUGCUCAGAAGGAAGUUGUGUCCUGUGUCUCACGCGACUUUGGGUGUCUUUUGGCUGCAGCGAACGCUCAAGUGCGUAUACUCAUAACAACACUUCCUAGUAAUGCCCCGAACUUGGAGCCAGAUCUUCAUCUUGCUGAACGCGUCAUGAUGAUCAAUCACCACGCACUACGUCAUGUCGCAUGGUUUGAAGAAGCAACACAGCAAUCUCCUUUCAAGAUGCUUGUCCGUGUUCUGAAAGACAUCCGGCGACGUUACACUGGACUUCAGCCGCUUUCUGUCUGGGUUAUUGAGUAUUUGGCGCACUUCGCAGUUAUGAAUACAUCGAACAGGCAAGCGUUACCUCUAGGCCCAGCGUUCAGGAGAGUAUUCGAGGCUCUUUCUACUGAUCUUAGCAAAGAGGUCUCCAUAUGGAAUGGUGUAGCUGUGUCUCCUCUGGAAGUCGCAUAUGUUGAGGACUGUAUGAAGCCCAAGUUUUGUGAAGCCGACGAGGCCCUGGAGAUAGAGGCACGAGCUUGA